AUGGCGCAUCUGCGAGGCGGCGCCGCGCUGCGAAGUGCCCGCCUGCAAGUGCAGCUACGUGCCGCGGGCCGGUCGCCUGCCGUCGUCGCGCGCUGGUACGGCAUGCACAUUGAGCCGGAGCACCCCAAACCCCCGCGGGAGGGCAACUCGGCCAAGCUGGGCCGGUCGUUCCAGGGCCAGGUCAUGGGCAGCAUCGGUGCGCGUCUGCGCCGCGAGCGCGAGCAGCGCGCCCAGUACGAGCACUGGCGCAACACGACGGAUCCCGCAAGGAACUGGAUGAUUACAUUCUUCUUCCUCUCGAGCAUUGGCAUCGCAUACUGGCUGGGCACGUACUGGCCGCGCGAGCCCGACCCCUCGUCGACGCUGCCGCUGCCCAAGUCCAAGGUGCCCCGGCACAACACCAAGCUCGAGAACAUGCAGGCAGCCUGGGCCGACUUUGUGCGCGUCCUGGGCAAGGAGCACGUCAGCACGCUCGCGGCCGACCUCGAGCAGCACGCAACGGCCGACUGGUCCUCGCACCGGCCCGCGCCCGACGAGCGACCCUUUUGCGUCGUCUUCCCCAGCACUACCGAGGAGGUGUCUGAGAUUAUGAAGAUUUGCCACCAGCGCCGCAUCCCUGUCGUGGCCUACAGCGGGGGCACCAGCCUCGAGGGCCACUUCACGCCGACGCGCAAGGGCGUCUCGGUGAAUUUCCGCCGCAUGGACAAGAUCCUGCAGCUUCACAAGGAUGACCUGGACGUGGUCGUGCAGCCGGCCGUCGGCUGGGAGCGGCUCAACGAGGAGCUCGGCACCGACGGGCUCUUCUUCCCGCCGGACCCCGGCCCCGGUGCCAUGAUUGGCGGCAUGGUCGGCACGGGGUGCAGCGGCACCAACGCCUACCGCUACGGCACGAUGCGAGAGUGGGUGCUCAGCCUGACGGUGGUGCUGGCCGACGGCACCGUCAUCAAGACGCGCCAGCGCCCGCGCAAGAGCUCUGCCGGCUACGACCUCACCAAGCUCUUCAUCGGCUCCGAGGGCACCCUGGGCCUCGUCACCGAGGCGACGCUCAAAGUCACGGUCAAGCCGGCCUCGACGAGCGUCGCCGUCGGCACGUUUACCAGCAUUGGCCACGCCGCUGACUGCGUCGCCAAGGUCGUCGCCCAGGGUGUGCCCAUUGCCGCUAUUGAGAUUCUCGACGACAACCAGAUGCGCUUCAUCAACGAGGCCGGCAUGACGACGCGCGCGUGGAAGGAGGCGCCCACGCUCUUGUUCAAGUUUGCCGGCACCCCUGGCGGCGUCAAGGAGCAGGUGGCGACGGUACAGGCGCUCGCGCGCCAGGCCGGCUCGCAGACAUUUGAGUUUGCGCGCAACCAGCAGGAACAGGACGAGCUGUGGAGCGCGCGCAAGGAGGCCCUCUGGAGCACCAUGGCCGUCAUGCAGCCCGGCGACCGCGUCUGGACGGGCGAUGUGGCCGUGCCCAUGAGCCGGUUGCCGCAGCUGAUCGAUGAGACCAAGCAGGACAUGCGCAAGAGCGGGCUCCGGGGCUCGAUUGUCGGCCACGUCGGCGACGGCAACUUUCACUCGAUUCUCAUCUACAACGAUGCCCAGCGCAAAAAGGCAGAGACCCUGGUGCACCACAUGGUCAAGCGCGCAGUCGAGAUGGAGGGCACAGUGACUGGCGAACAUGGCGUCGGCCUCGUCAAGCGCGACUAUCUCGAACAUGAGCUCGGCGUGACGACGGUGGAUACGAUGCGCCAGAUUAAAAAGGCGCUUGACCCGCUGUGUCUGCUCAACACGGACAAGGUGGUGCGGAUGCAAAAGCCUGGCAAAGGCGACGAGAUUCAGGAGUGGUAG